AUGGCUUCUCUCAGACUCCUCCAACAUAUGCUGCCAUCAAUAUUGAUAUUGGCUUCUCUGCAAGCCUGCAUGGGAGACUCAACCGUCCCUGCCCAACUCAACAACGACGUCUUAGGCCUGCUCGUCUUCAAAUCCGACCUCCACGACCCUUCCUCCUACCUCGCUUCAUGGAAUGAAGACGAUGAUUCCCCAUGUUCUUGGGACUUUGUACAGUGCAAUCCAGCCACUGGAAGAGUCUCUCAGCUGUCCCUUGAAGGCUUAGGCUUAUUGGGAAGAAUUGGUAAGGGGCUUCAAAACUUGCAGCAUUUGAAAGUCUUGUCUUUGUCCAACAACAAUUUCAGUGGUGACAUUAGCACAGAGAAGCUUGCUCUGCCUCCCAAUCUUGAAAGCCUUAAUUUGAGUCGCAACAGUCUCUCAGGUCUCCUUCCCACUGCUCUUGUCAACAUGAGUUCCAUAAAGUUUCUUGAUCUUUCUGAGAAUUCACUCUCAGGACCCCUCCCUGAUAAUCUGUUUGAUAACUGUUUUUCGCUUCGGUACCUCUCCUUAUCUGGAAAUUUGCUUCAAGGACCUUUGCCUAGUACACUGCCUAGAUGUUCUGUUUUGAAUGGCCUCAAUCUCUCCAAUAACCAUUUCUCCGGUAACCCGGAUUUCGCUUCUGGGAUUUGGUCGUUGAAGAGAUUGCGUACUUUAGAUUUUUCAAACAACGCUUUUUCUGGGUCUGCGCCACAAGGGAUAUCAGCCUUACACAACUUGAAAGUGCUUCUAUUGCAGGGCAAUGACUUCUCUGGGCCAGUCCCCGCUGAUAUAGGACUGAGUCCCCACUUGGGUAGGGUUGAUCUCAGCUAUAAUCUUUUCACUGGUGCAUUACCAGACUCACUUCAGAGGUUAAAUUCUUUGACAUUUUUCAGUCUGUCUGAUAACAUGUUUACUGGUGAUUUUCCUCAAUGGAUUGGUAACAUGAGCAGCCUCAAGUAUUUGGACUUCUCAAACAAUGGCUUCACAGGCAGCCUCCCAGCCUCAAUUGGUGACCUGAAAUCACUCAGUUAUUUGAGUUUGUCCAACAACAAACUUGUUGGUGCCAUUCCAUUGUCUCUUGCUUACUGCAAUGAGUUGUCCGUGAUUCGGUUGAGGGAUAACAGCUUCAGUGGAAGCAUACCAGAGGGUUUGUUUGAUCUGGGGUUGGAAGAAAUAGACUUUUCCCAAAUGGGACUUACAGGUUCUAUUCCACCGGGUUCGAGUAGACUGUUUGAAUCUUUGAAGAUGUUGGAUCUGUCAAGGAACAAUCUCAAGGGAAAUAUUCCAGCAGAAGUGGGACUUUUCUCCAACUUGAGGUACUUGAAUUUGUCAUGGAACAAUCUUCAGUCAAGGAUGCCUCCAGAGCUUGGCUUCUUUCAGAACCUAACAGUGCUAGAUCUUCGAAACAGUGCCUUAUUCGGCUCAAUCCCAGGGGAUAUAUGUGAUUCAGGGAGUUUGGGAAUUCUCCAAUUGGAUGGAAAUUCAUUGAAUGGCCCCAUUCCUAAUGAGAUUGGGAACUGCUCAUCUCUCUAUUUGAUGAGCUUAUCCCACAACAAUUUAAGUGGUCUUAUUCCUAAAUCCAUUUCAAAGUUAAACAGGCUCAAGAUUCUUAAAUUAGAGUACAAUGAGUUGAGUGGAGAGAUACCACAAGAGCUUGGAAGACUGGAAAAUCUUCUUGCUGUUAACAUAUCUUAUAACAGACACCGUGAUGAAUCUCCGAUGUCAACAACAGGCCGUCACCACAUGUUCCUGAGCAUAUCUGCUAUUGUGGCAAUUGCAGCUGCUACCCUGAUUGUUGUUGGGGUAAUUAUUAUUAGCCUUCUAAAUGUAUCUGCAAGGAGGAGGCCUGCAUUUGUGGAAACUGCCUUGGAAAGCAUGUGUUCAAGCUCUUCGCGAUCCAGUAGUUUGGCCUCAGGGAAGCUCAUUCUAUUUGACUCAAGGUCAUCCCCGGAAUGGAUUAGCAGUCCGGAAUCACUGCUUAACAAGGCCUCGGAGAUCGGUGAGGGAGUCUUUGGAACAGUUUACAAAAUCCCACUUGGAGUUCAGGGAAGAGUAGUAGCAAUCAAAAAGCUGGUUACAUCAAAUAUAAUUCAAUGCCUUGAAGAUUUUGACAGAGAGGUUAGAAUUCUGGGAAAAGCAAGGCAUCCAAAUCUAAUAGCCCUGAAAGGAUACUAUUGGACUCCACAGAUGCAGCUUCUGGUAACAGAGUUUGCCACCAAUGGCAGCCUACAAUCCAAACUCCAUGAAAGGCUUCCUUCGACUCUGCCACUUUCAUGGGCUAAUAGAUUCAAAAUUUUGCUUGGCGCAGCAAAGGGACUUGCCCACUUGCAUCAUUCGUACCGCCCGCCAAUCAUUCACUACAACAUAAAACCAAGUAACAUCUUGCUUGAUGAGAAUUACAACCCAAAGAUUUCAGAUUUUGCACUGGUAAGGCUUCUAACAAAGACCGACCAGCACGUAGUGAGUAACAGAUUUCAGAGUGCACUGGGUUAUGUGGCACCAGAAUUAGCAUGCCAGAGCUUAAGGGUCAAUGAAAAAUGUGAUGUAUAUGGUUUUGGUGUAUUGAUCCUUGAGCUUGUGACUGGUAGAAGGCCUGUGGAAUAUGGGGAGGACAAUGUUGUAAUAUUGACUGACCAUGUUAGGGUUUUGCUUGAGCAAGGCAAUGUGUUGGGGUGUAUUGAUUUAGGCAUGGGUGAGUAUCCAGAAGAUGAAGUCCUACCAGUGCUCAAGUUGGCCUUGGUUUGCACCUCUCAGAUACCAUCAUGCAGGCCUACCAUGGCAGAAGUGGUUCAAAUUAUGCAAAUUAUCAAGACCCCAAUUCCACACACAUUGGAGGCUUUCUAA